AGUCGACGCAUCAUCGCACGUACUUUACGCACACUGGAUGAACGGAGGCAGAUCCCCGGUCGAGGAUGAUGCUACACCGGCUCAGACGGGCUUCCUCUCGGGGUUUAUUUACCAGGGAGCAGCGGUAUGGUCGCCGGUGCUGGUGUAAAAUACACUGGCCCAAACCGGGUGCGCUGGUCGGGCCUAGCUGAUCUCGGUUGCUCGGCUUCGCCUCUCCCGUUUUUAUUCUAGUAGGCUACUUUUUUAAAUUUAUUUGUUUAUUUCAAUUUUAUUGUUGCGAUUAUUUCCAGGUCACAAUCUCAGUUUCCUGUGCGGCUUGUUUGUACUAAAAAUGGCCGGAGAUUGCGGCGCUCUGAAGGAUAUCAAUGAGAUUAAAUCCCAGUUCCGGACCAGAGAGGGUUUCUACAAGCUGCUCACCCUCUCGGACUCGCAGCAGCGGGGCGGGCUGCCGCGGGGUCCGUCCUCCGGUGCCACGCUGGGCCCCGGGGCCGGAGCCGGUCCGUUACCGGGCGCAGGGGUCGGGCUGCCGCAGGGGCCCGGGGCGGCCGCCUCCUCUUCCUCCAACGCCGCGGCCAACUCCUCUUCAGCGGGCUUCCUGCCGCCGGUCCGGGUCUCUAUGGUCAAGCUGCAGCCCGAAGACCCGGGCGAGGAGUCGGAGCGGGUGUGCUUCAACAUCGGCCGGGAGCUGUAUUUCUACACGUACACCAACAUCAAGAAGGCCAUAGACCUCAGCAAGCCCAUAGACAAGAGGAUCUACAAGGGGACUCAGCCGACGUGUCACGACUUCAACCAGUACUCCGCCACGGCGGAGAGCGUAGCCCUCAUCGUGGGUUUCUCGGCCGGACAGGUCCAGUACCUCGACCCCAUCAAGAAGGAAACCAGUAAACUCUUCAAUGAGGAGAGGUUGAUAGACAAAUCCAAGGUGACGUGUCUCAAAUGGCUCCCCAAGUCCGAGAACCUGUUCCUGGCCUCCCACGCCAGCGGCCACCUCUAUCUCUACAACGUGGACCACCCGUGUGGCACCGUGGCCCCUCAGUACUCUCUGCUGCGGCAGGGAGAGGGCUUCGCCGUCUACGCCUGCAAGACCAAGACGCCGCGCAACCCGUUGCUGCGGUGGGCCGUGGGCGACGGAGGCCUCAAUGAGUUUGCGUUCUCCCCAGACGGUGUGCACGUGGCGUGCGUGGGCCAGGACGGCUGCCUACGUGUCUUCCACUUUGACUCGAUGGAGCUGCAGGGGGUGAUGAAGAGCUACUUUGGCGGGCUGCUCUGCGUGUCGUGGAGCCCCGAUGGGAAGUAUCUCGCCACGGGCGGAGAGGACGACCUGGUUACCGCCUGGUCGUUCGCCGAGAGCCGCGUGGUCGCAAGAGGUCACGGCCACAAGUCCUGGGUCAACGUGGUGGCGUUCGACCCCUUCACGACUUCCCUGGAAGACGAGGAGCCAAUGGAGCUCAGCGGCAGCGAGGAGGACCUCCACCAGGGGGCGCCAAAUAACUCCAUGCACUUCGGCCGGGUCAGAACAAGCAGCACGUUGUCGCGUCUUUCUCGGCACAGCUCGAAAGGUGGCGGUUCGCCGUCGGUCACAUACCGGUUUGGCUCGGUGGGGCAGGACACCCAGUUCUGUCUCUGGGACCUGACGGAUGACGUGUUAUACCCACGCUUGCCGCUUUCCCGCGCCUUCACUAACACUUUUGGGCCAUCGCUGUCCAACUCUGUCAGCGGGGUGGUCAACAGCACCUCAGUUGUGGGAGGAAGUGGAACGGUGGAGGGGCACCACCACCCGCCGAACACUAACACCGGCACCGCUAACCCACCAACGCUCCCCUUACCACUUCCUCGCUCUCUCUCCCGCUCCAACUCUUUGCCCCACCCUGCCGUGGCGAACGCCUCCAAGGGCCAAAGUGCCACGGAGAGCGGCGGGGGAGGCGGAGGAGGCGGAGGGAGCGCCGUCGGAGGGAACAGCACGCCGUUCAGCAUCGGCCGCUUCGCCACCCUGUCGCUCCAGGAGCGCAAGUCGGACAAGUCCGGCUGCAGCAGUGGGGUGGAGAAAGAGCACAAGAGGUACCACAGCCUGGGCAACAUCAGCAAGAGCAACGACAAGAUCAACGUGGCGCCGAGGAGCAACCGGCUGGACGCCGCCAAGGUCCUGGGCACCACGCUGUGCCCGCGCAUGUAUGAGGUGCCGCUACUGGAGCCACUGGUGUGCAAGAAGAUUGCACAUGAGAGGCUGACCGUCCUGGUGUUCAUGGACGACUGCAUCAUCACAGCGUGCCAAGAGGGUCUCAUAUGCACCUGGGCGCGGCCGGGGAAGGCGAACCUGACAGCACAGAACGGGAACUCUCCGAGCGGCACGGUGGUAUAGCUGGAGGACAAGCCUUGCACUCCCUCCCCCACCCCCGUCCUCUCCUCCGAUUCUCAAGUAUUAAAUUAGGGGCCGUCAGCGUAGCCCUCUGUGCCGGCCACGACCCAGACCCUGACACCCUGCUGAUUCCACUCUCAGGGGGGCCAGCCCGGUGGGAAACACUUCCUGAGUCACCAGCACUAGCAGAUUGAGGAAGUCUUCAGGUGGACUUUAGGAGUUAGCUGGCAGUCUUGGGAACAACGAAGCAAAGAUGCUAGCUAGCAUAUGAGCUAGUUAGCCCUUUAGCUCUGCUUAGACUAAGUGCUGAUAGCUAGUGGCCAUGGCCAAAAGUAUGUGGACACCACUUUGGUCUGGGCUCUUUCAUAGUUUGGGUAACGCCCCUUUGUUCCGGUGGUCUUAACUGUGGCGACUGCACACAAUUAUGUUUUCAACGACAGUGUUUUUCCAUCUUAGUAAUUUGGGUGUGAUGCUCAGGUGUCCACAUACCUUUGGCCAUAUCGUUUUGUUUUUACUUAUCUUUCCCACAUGGGAACUAUUUUGUUCCAAAUUCUUCUUGUUAGCAUCAUUGAGAUGCACAUAAUCUACGACUAUUCAGCACUAUUAUUUGUUCAUUAAAAACAAAGAUGAUUAUUUUUAGAAAUAAUGAAAUGGUGUUCUGAUUAAACAGGUGGAGCCCUCAUGCUUCAGCUCCACCCGGUCCAUUAUGAAACUCAAAGGAACAAUGUAGGUUGUAUUCAUAGUUAGGUUAGCUUCACAGAUCGGUAUUCUGACCACGAUGAAGUUUUAAUAAUAAUAUUAAUAAUGCAUUUAAUUUGUAUAGAGCUUUUAAAGGUACUCAGAGGCACUUUACACGGUGAAAAUAGCAACAGAAACGAUAAAAGCAAUAAAAAAAACAAAUAAGAUUCUCAGAUUAGAAAACCAAUCACACUGCAUUGACAAUUAAAACAAUGAAUCACAGAUUAAAAGCAGAUUUUUAAAAAAAGGCGUAAUGGUGGGGAGUGAUACAUUUGAAAUGUCUGACUCAAGAUGUUGUUGGUGGGAUGGCUCAGCAGCGGGGCCGCACUGUACUUCAGGGAGAGUUUCCCACCUCGUGCCACUGUGGAAGUUUAAAUGUAUUCCCCCCCCCCACACACAGACACACACACACUAAUCCCCAACCACCCUCCCACCAGACCGAUGACAUCCAACAGUCAGAUAUCCUUCCCGUCAGCAGCCCUGAAGCAACAAGGAGCGAGCAGCGUCCGAUCCCUCCCGAUCCCCCCUUCGUGCGAAAGACACUGCAAAAGCCACGGCCAUUGUAUUUAAGUUGUUUAUUUUGUCACAAGACUGUGUAGUUAUUUAUAAUGUAAAUACUGGAAAUACUCUAUAAAUACAUAAAAAGGACAAACGUGUAUGGGAACAAUGACUUCACGGCAAGGAAGCGAAGACCAACAAGCGGGAAAGAUGAAGAAUAUUAAUAUAUGAAGAUCCAUCUAUUGUACAUAGCAACCACAGCAACAAAAACAAAAAAAAAGAAACAUGAAUGUCUGCUGUUUUAUGUAACUUCAGGAUGUCAAUGUGUUUUUCUUUGGUGCGAUAAGAGUUUCCUUGAAAAGAAAGCUGGUGGAAACCUGUUUACUGGUACAGAUCUUUUACGAGGUGGCUGACCCGAGUGGAGCACAGAGAGGCUGCGAGCUGCACUGAUCCCAGUUCACAGGUCUGAAUAAUACUGAUUCCCCUGAACAUCGUGUGUGUGUGUGUGUGGGGGGGGGGGGCAUCGAACAAACACACACACUCUUGCACAUUCCGAACGUUAAAACGUCUCCACACACACACUCAUGGUGUAGCAUCACAUAUACUGUCUCUUCAUUCCUGUUGCACCUCAAUGGCCUCUUGCAAGAAUUUGCACAUCCAAGUCCAUCGUGAGCCGCCCGGCGAGAGACACCAGGGGUGUUGUGGUCUGCUCUGAGCUCUGCAGCAGCUGCUUCUCACCAUUCACUGGAUAGCUCUGGUGCAGAGGAUACGAGUCCUUAGUCAAGAUUCACUUUUUUUUCUUCACUUUUCUUUUUUUCUCCCAAUUUUUAUUAUGCUUAUCGAAAACCGGCGCUGAUUAAUAAAGUCUUUGUCAGAUUCCUGACAUGUUAUUUAAGUAACAAAAACUGUUGGGAGGCAAACAUCACCUGUGUUUUUGUUAUUUUAGCAUAUUUUGGGCUGCUGAUUUGUGAUCGCAAAUAAAGAAAAAACAAAGUGUUC